AUGGAGCUAAGCUGCCCUACAAAUGCUCUGCGUGUCGUUACUCUCCCGCACCUUGUCCAUUUUUCUUCUCACUCUCACACCUUGUCCAUUUUUCUUCUCACUCCCACACCUUGUCCAUUUUAUUUCUCACACCCCUCGUUCAACCAACCACAGAUGAGGCAGCUCAAAUACCACGAACAGAGAUUGCUCAGAAAAACAAAUUUUCUAGAGUGGCGAAACACAGACACGAAGAAUGAGCACCACUACAUUUCUAGAUACUACAUCACACGCAGGGAGGACUACUACACGUACAGAAAGCUGGCACGUAUAAUUCGUACGCUGGCUGAAUCGAUUGCAAGCAUGCCCGAUGCACAGAAAGAGAAGUACACGACAAUUCUGGUGAACCGUUUGUACUCACAUGGUCUCAUCGCCAACAGAAAGUUGGUUGAGUGUGCUAAAAUCAAAAUUGAGAAUUUCUGUGAGAGAAGGCUGCCUGUGCUUCUCAAGAGGAACAGGAUGAUCGAGAAUUUGAGAGAUGCAGUCAAAUUUGUGGAGCAGGGCCAUGUGAGAGUGGGCAAUACGAGAGUCAAUAACUGCUCCGUGCUGGUCAGCAGGGGAAUGGACAAUUUUAUUGAGUGGAUGGAUGGCUCCAAGCUGAGGAGAAGAAUCAGAGAGUUCAACGAUGAGGUUGAUGACUAUGAGGUGUCUUAGACCGUUGGACAGCAAUUUCAUUAAAUCACGAGUUGUCCUGGGC